AUGGCAUCAUCUUAUUCAAGGAGAGAUGGUUCUGGCCAAUAUGAAGGCUCUGCAUCUCAAUCACGUACUUCGAUUUAUAGAACACAGCAUUUCAGCUCAUCUACAAGAAGGUCAAUGGGAUCCUCUUCAUCACCACCAGUACAGCAACAACAACAACAAGCUGGAGUCUCUGGAAGCACAAAUUCUCAGCGACAAAAUCCGUCAAGAGUACAUCAACAUCAUGGAUCUAGUGAUAACGAAAACUGGAUUCCACGCGUCGAACUAGCACGCGAAACUUCUUCUGCACUUGCCAAGUCACUUAAACCCCUUCCUAAAUACUCACAUGCACCCUCAGAAUACCGCAAGUACAUGAGUCUCGAAGGACUCUCAUUAAAUGCACAAGAAGCAAUUGUGAUUGAAGAUUUGAUUUAUGUACUCCUUGGAUGUGAAGGCAUAUAUAUUCGGUUCAAUGAGACUUAUGAGGUCGAUAUUAAGUUUGACAGAUUACGCGGACCUCAGUACCAAACAAACCGAUCAGUACCAAUUAGCAUGCGUGAUGCAGUCAAAAGUAUUACUGACACUGCGCGCCAUCACCUAGCCAUUAGCGAGUUUGUUGAUGUGCAUGCUCAGCGUGACUAUGGCCAGGUCAACCAGGCAUUAUGUGCAAGUAUUAGAAGAGUACUCAAAGACUACAAUAUUUUGAUUGCACAGUUAGAAAAUGAGCUUUAUUAUAAUCAAAGUUUUUCCCUACAGACAAUGCAACUUCAGUUAGCCCCCCUGGCACACAUUCUCAAACAAAUAUAUGAUCUGUGCCAGGUAAUUUUACAAGAAAACACGCGGCGGAGCGAGGAGGCAGCUGCACAGCUCUACAGCAGUAGUGAUAUUGAAAAAGUGAUUGAGUCGCUCAAGGUUAACGAAGGCACAAACUUUAGCAAGCUGGGCUUGACAUCACGCGAAAAAUCCAUGGUAUGCAAGGGCGGCGCCAUUCUACGCAUUUUGGCCGAAAGACUAAUUGCACUUUCAGGAGACCCGCCUACCAAGUCUCUAUUGGAGACAUUACUUCGAGACGCGUCAAAACCAUACUUGGUGAUGCUCCAGCGGUGGAUCCAUCGGGGGAUUAUCACUGAUCCUUAUGAUGAGUUUUUAAUCUGUGAAAAAAAGAGUGUACGCAAAAAUAAAGACACGCUCUAUUAUACAGAUGAGUACUGGGAUAAACGGUACACGGUGAGGGAGGACGACUUGCCGCUGCAACUCUCGAGCUCUGAGGUUUAUGAGCGGAUAUUAUUGACGGGUAAGUACUUAAAUGUAGUCCGAGAAUGUGGAGGAGUGGAUGUGAGCCAGGACGAUGAUAAAGAAUACGAGUCUAUUGAAGACAGUAGGAUUUUGAUGACACUUGCUAGAGCGUAUAGUCAUGCAAAUGAGACUUUGCUUUCGCUAUUAAUCCACACACAUAAGCUACCUGAACGAUUACGGUCUUUAAAGCAUUUUUUCUUUUUGGAUAAAGCCGACUAUCUAAUAAAUUUUAUGGAUAUUGCUGAUGCGGAGCUGAACAAACCGACAAGCGAAGCAUCCAAGACCAAGCUGCAGUAUCUGCUGGACAUGGCGCUGCGGCAACCAGGCAGUAUUUCAGCGACAGACCCAUACCGGGACGAUGUUCUUGUUGAGGUUUCUCAUAUGAGCAACAUGGAGAAUUUGCUAAAGAUUGCGACAGUGCCUGGCAUGGAUCCCAACCGGAUUGGUUCAAUGGCUGGGGAAAGUAGCGGGACCAUGACGAGCAAUCAUUACCAAGCAAACAACAACAACAACAACAACAGCAAUAAUAAUAAUAAUAAUAAUAAUAAUACUAAUGGAUCGAAGCAUUUUCAAAGUGUUUUCGGGUUGCAGCUGGACUUUAAUAUCCCAUUCCCAUUGUCACUUGUAUUUUCACGACGCACCAUGAUUGUGUAUCAACUCAUGUUUCGACACUUGGUAGAACUUAAGUAUAUUGAGCGGACACUCAACAAGUCGUGGGUAGAGCAGAUGAAGUCUAAGGUGUGGCAGCAUCGAAGCCAAAUACCUGAGUUAGAGGAAUGGAAAGCAAGUGUUAUGAAGCUGCGUGAACGAAUGUUAUAUUUUAUACACAAUGUGUUAUACUAUUGUACGACCGAGAUUAAUGAGCGACAGUGGGCGCGGUUCAUAGAGCAGUUGGGAGAAGCAAAGAAUGCAGACUGGCUGAUGGCUAAGCAUGUUUCAUUUUUGAGUAUUUGUAUGAAGGAAUGUAUGCUGACCAACCCGAAGCUGUUGCGGCUUCAAUCAAAGUUGUACACAAGUUGCCGACUUUUUGCCGAGUACUUGCCGUCUCGUGAAAGGUCGAUAGUAUACUUGGAUAGUUUGAUGCUGAGUGAAGCUGAGCGUGAGAAGUUGCAAAGGCCUACCAGCAAGAAUGGCGAAGAGAUGACAGAGGCAGAGAUUUUAGCAUGGCUCAAUUCUUCUUUACAUCAGUACGAGGCGAGUUUUGAUCACCAUUUGAAGAUUCUAAUUGAAGCAUUAAACCAUUAUGCGGCCAUGGAAACAACUUCUUUUUUAAGUCUUUCGUCGCAGCUCGAGGCUGGCCUGUUGCAAAUGCGGUCCUAA